CGACAGAUCAACCAAUGAACACCGGCGACAACCUGGUGGCUAUUUUAAAUUGCGAACUGACGGACAAAUGGAUAACUAAAUAAUGAUUUACAGAAGUCAUGGGUUCUAAAAAUAUUCGAGUUGUGGUUCGUGUUCGGCCAGAAAAUGCUGUCGAAUCAUCAGGAAACAGCAGGACAGUUGUACAACCUAUGGAUGAGCGAGUUCUUGUGUUUGACCCAAAAGAAGAGACGCCAGAACACUUUUUCCACGGCAAAAUUGUGCGCAGACGGGACAUUACAAAGAGACCAAAUCGUGAUCUGAAGUUUGCUUUUGAUUAUGUGUUUGCAUCACACAAUACAAACAAGGAUGUGUUUGAACAAACAACACGUAGUGUCCUUGAAGGGGUAUUGGAUGGCUACAACUCAGCAGUGUUUGCGUAUGGAGCAACUGGAGCAGGAAAAACUCACACUAUGCUGGGCAAACCUACAGAUCCAGGUGUAACCUUUCUCACUGUCAUGGAACUUUAUCACAGAAUCAAUACCUUGAAGAGUGAGAAAACUAUAGAGGUUGCUGUGUCGUAUCUAGAGGUAUACAAUGAACAAAUUCGAGAUCUGCUAUUACCAAAGGGGACGUUACCAAUUCGUGAAGACGGACAGCAUGGUGUAGUGGUGCAGGGACUGUCUUUACAUAAGCCAAGAAAUGCUGAAGAGCUAAUGCACAUGUUAGAUGUUGGUAACCAGAAUAGGACGCAACAUCCAACGGACGCUAACUCAGAGUCUUCUCGAUCACAUGCUGUCUUCCAGGUGUUUGUGCGUCAGAAAGACAGGACAGCCAAUAUCACAGCACAAGUGAAGAUGGCAAAGUUGUCUCUGAUAGAUUUGGCUGGAUCAGAGAGGGCCACUAUGACCAAAAAUAUGGGCAUGCGGUUCAGAGAAGGAGCAAACAUAAACCGCUCUCUUUUAGCUUUAGGCAAUGUCAUCAAUGCCUUAGCUGAUGAUAAGGUAAAAACUCAUCACAUCCCUUACCGGAACAGUAAACUGACACGUCUGCUGAAGGAUUCCCUGGGAGGAAACUGUCAGACUGUUAUGAUAGCUGCUGUCAGUCCCUCGUCUUUGUCUUAUGAAGAUACCUACAAUACUCUUAAGUAUGCUGACCGAGCUAAGCAUAUAAAGGCUGAGCUGACAAAGAAUGUGCUCCAAGUGGACCUUCACGUGAGCAGAUAUGCCCAAAUUGUGAAGGAGCUAAGGAAAGAGAUAUCAGAGCUGAAGGAGAAAUUAAGUGCAGCUGGUACUAGCAGCGGUGUGUCUCCCUUGGUCCCUGUUUCCUGUCCGAAAACCAACAGCUUUCAAGACAAGUUAUGUCAGAUUUUCACAACAAGAGUCAACAUUAGGAAAGAGUUAUUAGAGUAUGAGAGUUCAUCAAGAGAAAUCCACUGGAAAGUCCUCUGCAAGAAUCGCAAGUUGUCAAGGCUUUCAGUGAUAGAUUCCAUUGACGGUACACAUCUACCUAUUGUUGAGAAAAUUAAGAAAUCUGUGCAGUCUAGCCAGAGAAGGAUGGUUACCCUGAACCACAGAAGAGAGUCAGUGAUGUCCAGGAUGACACAUAAUGUGGACGAGUUAAAGCAGUUGGAGAAGGAGAUGAAGUGUUCGGAGUCAGGCUCUGUGCCACAGGUCUUGGCUCAGAAGCUGAAGAUGCAUCACCUUGAGGUGGAGGUGACAGAUUAUCGGCGCUGUAACAAAUAUCUGGAGAGUAUGAUCAGGAGUCAGGAGAAGGAGGCUAGGUUGAAUGACAGAUUAAUUGGAGGUCUACUACAGAUGGUUAGGAAACAAUACUUUGUUCUCAAAGGUCAUGGGCUGUUGACCUCAGAUGUGUCUGAGGAUUUCAUUGGCCUCAAGCAGUUGAUCGAUGGUGCUCAAGAGGUCAGGUGGGCUGACCAGAACUCCUCCCCACAGAAGAGAAGUCCCCUGCUCAGUUUUCCUGUUCUGUCAACAUCAACACACCAGUCCCCAGUUACGCCAAGUUCAAAGUCAGGAAAGGGACUAAACACUUCUUACAGCCCCUCUCCGCACUGUGUAAAAGCUUCAUCUAAGGAAGCAUCAGUCACCUCCCCAUCCAUUGGUGAUUCUGCUAGGUCACAGCAUCUCACAAUAGCCAGGCUGUCUGGUGAUCUAGGGAAACAACCUGAGGUCUCUCCACCGGUGGUCACCCAGUUUGCUGGCAGAACACCCUCAGCUAAGCACUUUGUCACAGUACAUGGGGCGAGAUCGGAGUCUCCAGCAGAGGACGAAGGGCUGGAAGAAAAGCAGCAGGAUUUGAACUUAACCUAUGUCUGUGACAAUCCCUCUGCAAACACACCUGUACGCAGAGCAGAGAUUGAGACUGUAAGUGUAGCUGACAAGGGAAGAGUUGACAUCGUGGUGAAUCCAGAGCUGCAGCAUGUCAUUAACCCUGCCACCCAAACAAAGGUCAGAGUUAACACUGCUACUGUUACAAAAGCCAAACCAAGUGUUGAUGGCGAGAACUCGGGCUGUGUUCAAGCAAAGCGGGCUAUGAGCUUUGACACCACACCCCCAACCCCUAGAGUAAACCAGACAUUUGCUGAUGCUGUCAAAUCUCCAGGCAGGCCUCCACUGCGGGCUAUCACAGACAACUGUAUGUCACCAUUGGCAAUCCCACUGGACACACCUAAAUAUGAUAAACAAAAAAGAAUUGCUUCCUCAGACAGUGAAAACAUAACCAAGCCUGGAAGUGCAAAGACAAAGACCAGUGCAUUGAGACGAGUUGGUCUUCCAUCUUUAUUCAGCCAGACCCCAGACCCCAAGUACCAAGCACGACGAGUUAACCCUCGCUACAUGCAGAUGACAAAGGCUAUGGCAAACAAGAGGAGCGGCAGAACAAAGACACUGACUGACUUUGAUGAAAACAGGCUAACAGCAAGACGAGAGAAGAUAGAUUUGCCUCAACAUAAUUUUUUACGAUUCCGGAGCAAGUCAGUGAAUUGCCUGAAGAGUUGAUGUUCCGGGUGUGGUGCUCUCAGAUGGAUGGCAUAUGUACAGUGAAUUGCUAUUAAUUGACUGAUUAUCUGUGAUGAUAGAUGAAAUA